AUGGCUACUGCCCUUCAUCCCGUCAACGAUGUGGUGAUCGAUGCACAGGUUUUCAAGAGAGCCAACGGAUAUAAGCCAUGGCUCUACAAGGGCCAAUUUGAUGGCUGUCGGUUUUUGAAAAAGGCCUAUAUACCGCUUGUUAUUUUCAUUUUUAAGCUAAUCAAGGAUUACACCAACCUGAAUCACCCCUGCCCGUAUGUGGAAGCGGUUAUAUUUAAAUUUACGAAUGCGGUCUGUGAGAAUCACAAUAAGACCUGGAUUACUGUGCACAAGUGUCGACUGCGGGCAAUUAGUCGCAAUAAGACGACAUUUAACUUGAAUUUAACCCUGAACUAUCCUGUGGAUCAUCCCGUUAACGUUAAAGGUCAACUUCUGCAGAAGGCGAAUGGCUACAAGCCUUGGCUCUUUUCCGCGAAUAUCGAUGCGUGCCGCUUCAUGAAACGGGCCUAUAAUCCAGUUGCCAUUCUGGUAUUCAAGCUCUUCAAGGAAUACUCGAAUUUCAAUCACAGCUGCCCCUAUGUCGGUCCGGUGAUUAUACAAGAUUUUUACCUGCGUGUGGAUAAAAUACCGAAUGCCAUGCCCACUGGCGAUUACCUAUUGGUGCUGGCCUUUUCCUUUAGUAAGAAGCCACAGAUAACAACAAAGGUAUAUUUCGCAUUCGUAGAGGAUCUUUUAUGA